AAGUUGUCUUUCUUCUUCAAUCAGAUCAAAGAACUCUGUUUGAAGUUGUGUCCACCUUUUUCUUCACGGUGUGAAAUCAUGGAGUUCCUACCGAAAAGUUUACGUGUUCUAGUUGUUGUUGUGUUGGUUGGGCUGUUAGGGUUGCCGCACGCCAGGUGUGCUGUUUUACAAAGACACCGAAGCCUUGGCAACGAAGACAAUACCCUCUAUUACGACGAUGGAAAGGCAAACAAAAUCCGUGAAGAAGCAAAUCCCGUUUACCUCCCGGAUCCGGAGAUCGAGGAAGCUACUCUAUCGCCAGAGGAACAAACGACAGUGGCGGUUCCCACUACGGUAAAAACGACCACGGCGGAGGCCCCACCCACAACCACCACCACGACCCAGCAAGCCAACGCAACCACCACCACCGCUGCUACAAGCAACACCACCGCAAACGCAAACACCACCACUGCUGCUACAAGCAACACUACCGCGAACGCUACCACCACCGCUGCUGCAAGCAACAUCACCACCACUGCCCAACCAACGACGCCCACCCCGCGACCACCGGUACCGCCCCCGCCCCCGAAGCCGGCCGCUCGGGUAGCCUUCUCCGUCGCACGGCUCACGCCUUUCGGGCCCAGGAGGAGGGACACCGUCCCGCCAUUUGAACACAUGUUCAGUAACGCGGGGGGAGCGUUUUGCAUGCAUACCAGCAUCUUCACUGCACCUGUAGCAGGGACGUAUCAGUUCUCGUGGAGCGGCCAGAAGCGGUCGGAGUUGAAGAUGUACCUCGGGUUGUACAAGAACGGUGAGGAGAUGGCUGGAGUGUACGAGGCGGACAUAGACCCGGACAGGUUCCCUAACCUGAACCCGCACACCGCCUCCAACACAGUCAUCAUGCAUCUGUACGAGAAAGAUGAGGUGACAGUGGUGAUAGCAGAGGGGGCACAAACUUACAGCACGGAGUUCGGCAAAUACACCAGCUUCUCUGGCUUUCUGCUCUUCCCAGACGACCCAGAAGUCUAGACGUCUUCUGACUACUGAAAUUCUUGGCCAAAAAAUAGUAAUACGCCGUCUUGUUUAUGGUCGAUAUUUUUUGCCAGAAAAUGAAAAUGGAGGAAUUUUCCCUGCUUAAACGUAAUGUGCAUGUACAUAUUAUUACUUAGCUUAGUCACUUAUGUGGUAUAAGACGCUGCACUGGUGGAUGCACGAAAUGGCGCUUAGUCACGUAAUGAGACAUAUGUAGUCUACAUUUUGAUUGGCAACAACUUCAGGCGAUUUUUGAGGCCUGCUGUGCAUAUUUGCAUAUCUAUGUCUAUUAAUGCCGCUAAUAACGUAAUGAGACAUACUUAGGCAUCGUUUUGAUUGAUAGCACUCUCCGAUAAUUUGUGGCCCAUUGCGCACAUGUAAUGUCUGCCUAGUUUUCAAACGAAUUCGCGCACAUGUAAUGUCUGCCCAGUUUUCAAACGAAUUCGACAGUCGCACAUGUUUCAAGACGUUUUCAUCACAGGCAACUUUAAGGUGUUUGUAAUGUCAGAAUUGCGAUACACGUAUAUAUUGGGGACUGACGGUCUACUUCCUAUAAAUAAAGAUGUUGUUUGUA